UCCCCCCCCUUCUCUCUCUCUCCGAGGGGGGGGGUCCCGGGGAGGGAGGGGGGGUCCCCCAAUCAGCAUGUGGCUCCUGGCGCUGUGUCUGGUGGGGCUGGCGGGGGCUCAACGCGGGGGAGGGGGUCCUGGCAGCAGCGGCCCAGGCCUGGGCCUUGGCAGCCUUGGGGAGGAGCGCUUCCCUGUGGUGAACACUGCCUACGGGCGAGUGCGCGGUAUGCGGCGCGAACUCAACAACGAGAUCCUGGGCCCCGUCGUGCAGUUCUUGGGCGUGCCCUAUGCCACACCACCCUUGGGCGCCCGCCGCUUCCAGCCGCCUGAGGCACCCGCCUCGUGGCCCGGCGUGCGCAACGCCACCACCCUGCCGCCCGCCUGCCCGCAGAACCUACACGGGGCACUGCCCGCCAUCAUGCUACCUGUGUGGUUUACGGAUAACUUGGAGGCGGCCGCCACCUACGUGCAGAACCAGAGCGAGGACUGCCUGUACCUCAACCUCUACGUGCCCACCGAGGAUGGUCCGCUCACAAAAAAACGUGACGAGGCGACGCUCAAUCCGCCAGACACAGAUAUCCGGGACUCAGGGAAGAAGCCUGUGAUGCUGUUUCUACAUGGCGGCUCCUACAUGGAGGGCACUGGGAACAUGUUUGAUGGCUCCGUCCUGGCCGCCUAUGGCAAUGUCAUCGUAGCCACACUCAACUACAGGCUUGGGGUGCUCGGUUUUCUCAGCACUGGGGACCAGGCAGCAAAAGGCAACUACGGGCUGCUGGAUCAAAUCCAGGCUCUGCGCUGGCUCAGUGAGAACAUUGCCCACUUUGGGGGUGACCCUGAGCGAAUCACCAUCUUUGGGUCUGGGGCAGGGGCCUCCUGUGUCAACCUUCUGAUCCUCUCCCACCAUUCAGAAGGACUUUUCCAGAAGGCCAUCGCCCAGAGCGGAACUGCUAUCUCCAGCUGGUCAGUCAACUACCAGCCGCUCAAGUAUACGCGGCUGCUGGCGGCCAAGGUUGGCUGUGAUCGGGAGGACAGCACCGAAGCUGUGGAGUGUCUGCGACGGAAGCCUUCCCGAGAGCUGGUGGAUCAGGAUGUGCAGCCCGCUCGCUACCACAUUGCCUUUGGACCCGUGGUGGAUGGUGAUGUCGUCCCAGAUGACCCUGAGAUCCUCAUGCAGCAGGGAGAAUUUCUCAACUACGACAUGCUCAUCGGUGUCAACCAGGGUGAGGGCCUCAAAUUCGUGGAGGACUCUGCAGAGAGUGAGGACGGUGUGUCUGCCAGCGCCUUUGACUUCACUGUCUCUAACUUUGUGGACAACCUGUAUGGUUACCCUGAGGGCAAGGAUGUGCUUCGGGAGACCAUCAAGUUCAUGUACACAGACUGGGCUGACAGGGACAAUGGCGAGAUGCGGCGGAAAACCCUACUGGCACUCUUUACUGACCACCAGUGGGUGGCACCAGCGGUGGCCACCGCCAAGCUGCACGCUGACUACCAGUCCCCUGUCUACUUUUACACCUUCUACCACCACUGCCAGGCUGAGGGCCGGCCCGAGUGGGCAGACGCGGCACAUGGGGAUGAGCUGCCGUAUGUCUUCGGUGUACCCAUGGUGGGUGCCACUGACCUCUUCCCCUGCAACUUCUCCAAGAAUGAUGUCAUGCUCAGUGCUGUGGUCAUGACCUACUGGACCAACUUUGCCAAGACUGGUGACCCCAACCAGCCAGUGCCACAGGACACCAAGUUCAUCCACACCAAACCCAACCGCUUUGAGGAGGUAGUAUGGAGCAAGUUCAACAGCAAGGAGAAGCAGUAUCUGCACAUUGGCUUGAAGCCACGCGUGCGUGACAACUACCGCGCCAAUAAGGUGGCCUUCUGGCUGGAGCUGGUGCCCCACUUGCACAACCUGCACACAGAGCUCUUUACCACCACCACGCGCCUGCCUCCUUAUGCCACGCGCUGGCCACCUCGCCCACCUCCCGGUGCCCCAGGCACACGCCGACCUCCACCACCCGCUACCCUGCCACCUGAGCCCGAGCCUGAGCCAGGCCCCAGGGCCUAUGACCGUUUCCCUGGGGACUCACGGGAUUACUCCACGGAGCUCAGUGUCACUGUGGCUGUGGGUGCCUCCCUCCUCUUCCUCAACAUCCUCGCAUUCGCUGCCCUGUACUACAAGCGGGACCGGCGGCAGGAGCUGCGGUGCAGGAGGCUUAGUCCACCUGGUGGCUCGGGCUCUGGCGUACCCAGUGGGGGUCCCCUGCUCCCUGCUACUGGCCGUGAGCUGCCACCAGAAGAGGAGCUGGUGUCAUUGCAGUUGAAGCGGGGUGGUGGCGUUGGGGCGGACCCUGCUGAGGCCCUACGCCCUGCCUGUCCACCCGACUAUACCCUGGCCCUGCGCCGGGCACCGGACGAUGUGCCUCUCUUGGCCCCCGGGGCCCUGACCCUGCUGCCCAGUGGGCUGGGGCCACCUCCACCGCCACCACCACCCUCCCUUCACCCUUUUGGGCCCUUCCCCCCACCUCCCCCUACUGCUACCAGCCACAACAACACGCUACCCCACCCUCACUCUACCACCCGGGUAUAGGGGGCAGCUUGGGGAGGCCCUCCUCCCCAGCCCUCCGGCCCCGGUGAGAAGUGCUACUCCGAAGGUAGGGAGGAAGACUUGGCCACAGGCUUUUCUCUCCUGGAGUUGGGUUUUCCUCAUAUGGAGUCUUCACGCGGAGGAGCACUAAGGAGGACAUGGGUUUCCUCACUGGGAUAAAUGUUUUGCCACGCAGAGAAGUCCAUUCUCUUUCUCUGGACCUGGGCCUUUGGACAACUG